AUGUGUGCGACACAUGCGCAGUGUUCGUCGUCGCAGAGUUGCAGGGAAACAGAUCUGGAACUGCAGCUGCCGCUGCUUCCAAAGCCACCCAGUGCGCGGCAGGCUUUGCUCCUUCGCGAGUGCAUCGUCGAGGGCUUGCUGGACAGGGUCGCCGUGUCCUGCCCGGAUCUGGGCAACCGCGCUUACAUUUGCGCGGAUUUGGGUCGGGAGCGCCCCGUCUUCAUCCACACGUCGUCCAAUGCUUUCAGGCACAGGCCGCACCCCUCCGUCUUGGUCUUCAACGAGAUCAUCUCCACCCACAAACACUUCAUGAGGGACUGUGUCACAGUGGACCCGCUGCAGCUCGCGAAGCGCGCUGCUGCGGGGGGCUGCCCUUUGUUACAGCUCGGAGAGUUCCUCCCUGUUCCAGCACCUCGAUACUUGUCAGAGCAGGACAAAGUGCUUGCUUUUGCCAGCCCGUUGUAUGCUCCAUUGGCAUACUCGCUGCCCACAGUGGAGGUGGAUGUGCCUUCCGAGUCGAACUUUCGCUACAAGGUCUUUGCCAAAGCACUGCUCGAAGGGAUGGUGGUCCGAGGUCUACCGUGCCAGGACAAACUCCUGGCACGCCCGACGUUGCUGUUGCACGCUCCCACGAAUCCAAGGGUGUCAGCCGUGGUGAGCCCACUGUGGCAGUUUCGAGUGGGAUCGCGCAGCCAACUCCUCGCGAAGUGGAGGCCGGUCAUCCUGACAAAGGGCCUGACCCAGGGGACGAGCACAGCGAGCGCUCAGGAUGGAGCUGAGAGCAAGCGCCAGCGAAAGGAAGAUCCCUCGUGGAAGCAGCGAGCGUGGAUUGCGCUGAAUCAUCACCAGAUCCCUUAUGAAUAUGUGGAGGCGCUGACGCUGAAGCUUGAGCCGGGGCAGACGCUCAAGGACGCCAAGGGCUACGAGAAGCAUCCCCUUCUUCUCAAGCACCACCCCUCUGGCCUGGUCCCCACCAUCGUGCGGGCAGAUGAGUCGCAGCCGGCCGUGUACGAAUCCCUUACGUGCAUUGAGUUUGCCGACGACCUCGCUGAGAAAUCCAAGCGAGCUGGCCCCCGCCCUUUGCUUCCAGAGGAUCCAGUGCUGCGUGCUAGGGCUCGAAUCUGGGCCAGCUGGGCAGACAAGAACAUCAGUUCCAACUUCUACGCCAUACUGGUGCCGACCGACGUCGAGAGGCGAAGAGAGGGCCACGCGAAGCUGGUAGCGGCCUUGCAGAAGUUGCAGGACAACCUGCGGGGGCCCUUCUUCUUCGGUGAUGACCUCUCCAUCGUUGACAUCGCCGCCCUGCCAUGGUGCUACCGCAUCUUCACCUGCGGGAUUAUCGGCCGCUAUCGGGAUGCGAGCUUCUCCUUCGACCUGACGGGCUUGGCUCCCUUGCAGGCUUGGCUGGAUGCGUGUCUGGCCUUGCCUGCCGUGCAACAGACGCUGCCAGACCCAGAGAGGCUGGUGGACACCUACAAGCGCUAUGCGGAUGGGACCGCCGAGAGCAAAGUCGGUGCGGCCGUUCGCGCUGGCAAGUCUGCCCAUGAGCAUGAGUAG